CGGAAUGAAGCUGAUGGCAAACAGCCACAAAACCCACGUGGCUGAUCCCCACGACCGCGCAGGUUGGACUCAAGGCUGACGUCCUGGCACCUUGCAAUUCCUCCCAUUCUUCACGCACUCCUCUAGACGCUCCCGCCAACUGCCAUGGAAGCAGGUGCACGAUCAACUAUGAACGGACAUACGGUCAACGGUGCAUCACCGACUACGAGCUCAGAACGAAUACAAAUCAUCGACGACGAGAAGAAAUUCACGACUGAGUUGAACACUCAGAUUGCACGUUGGGGACUCAGGGAUGUUGGCUUCAGCUACAACAUUGUAGCAGUUUUCGGAUCUCAGUCCACAGGAAAAAGUACCUUACUGAACAGACUAUUCGGCACGAACUUCGACGUAAUGGACGAGACGAAACGGCAACAGACUACGAAAGGUAUCUGGAUGUGCAAAGGCAAGGAUAUGAGCGUGAUGGUCAUGGAUGUCGAGGGUACGGACGGCAGAGAGCGCGGGGAAGACCAAGAUUUCGAGCGCAAAUCUGCCCUAUUUUCGCUGGCGUCGUCAGAGGUCCUUAUCAUCAAUGUCUGGGAACACCAAGUCGGACUCUACCAAGGAGCUAACAUGGGGUUGCUCAAGACCGUUUUUGAAGUAAAUCUAGGCCUAUUUGGGAAGAAGGCUCAAGACGGAACAAAUGGUCGCACGUUGCUGCUCUUCGUCAUACGAGAUCACAUCGGCACUACCCCUCUCGCCAAUCUUCAGGCAACGCUCACGGCUGACCUCAAACGUAUAUGGGAGUCUCUUUCCAAGCCGACGGAAUUGAGUGACCGUCAGCUCUCUGACUACUUUGACUUGGCAUUCACGGCUCUCCCUCACAAGAUAUUAGCAGCGGACAAGUUCGAAUCCGAGGUUAGGAAUCUGAGGGGCAGAUUUGUAAACAAGGACAAUGCAGACUACGUGUUCAAGCCAGCCUAUCACAAACGAAUUCCAGCGGAUGGCGUCUCUUUCUAUAUGGAGAAUAUCUGGGAACAAGUGCAAAGGAACAAGGAUCUUGACUUGCCCACACAGCAAGAAUUGCUGGCUCAAUUCCGCUGUGAUGAGAUUUCUAGUGUGGCGCUGUCUGAGUUUAAUGAGCAAUCUAAAUCUCAGAAGAGGCCUAUUGAGGUUGGGAAAGUGGUGGAAGGUCUGGGAAAGAUGAUGAGACAGUGGAGAACAGACGCUCUCAAACGUUAUGACCGUGAUGCUUACCGGUAUCACCAAGACGUCUACAAGCGCAAACGCGCUGAUCUGGCAAGCUCGCUCGAUUCAAUAUUAUCACCACUCUUCCUCGGUCAGCUCAAGAAUCUUCAUAAAUACUGUCUUGUUUCCUUCAAGAAGGAGCUUCUUGAGGGUCUAAAAGGCGAUGACUACAGCUUCGCCGAUGUAGUGAAAAAGUCACGCACCACUUGGGAGAAGACAUUCAUGGAACAUGCCAAAGAAGCCGUUGUAGAAGAUAGUGCAGAUUGGAAUUGGCAGGAAGAAAUGGAACUUCUGAAAGAAGAGAUGGGUAUACUAGGUGAUCAGUGUAGGAAGGAUGAGACAAAGAAAAUGGUUAAUAUGAUAGAGCGCAACUUCAAAAAGCAGAUCUCGGAACCCGUGGAGCUCGCUUUGAACAAACCGUCGCCUGACAUGUGGGACCGGGUACUGAAGGCAUUUAAGCAGAUCUUGGAGAAGGCUGAGAGUAGCUACUUGUCCAAAGCCAAGAGUUUCAAUUGUACCGAUGACGAGAAUGCCAAUGCUCUUGCUACUCUGCGGCGGCGCGCAUGGCAGACCCUUCGUUCGAAGAUCGAUGAGCAAACUGCUGAUGCAGUCAUCCUCGGAAAGUUGCGUGCCCACUUUGAGGAGCGUUUCCGCUACGACGAUAAUGGAGUGCCCAGGGUAUGGAAACCAGAAGACGACAUUGAUGGAGCCUUCAAAAAGGCGAAGGACCAAACGCUUGAACUGGUUCCGAUCUACUCAAAGAUUUCUCCCGAAGAUUCAACACUGGAGUACACGCUUCCCUCGGAUGCUACUACCGCGGACCCUCUCUCUGCUACCGAAGAAUACGACUUCGCUUCAUCACUGAUUAUUUUCUCAGAGACUAAAUCCAUUGAUUUGACGAACAAGUUCCGUCGCGAUGCCGAUGCCUACUAUGUAGAGGCGAAACGGAGUACCGUCUCAAGUGUGGCACAGAUACCCUACUGGAUGUAUGGAAUGCUUGUUGUUCUGGGCUGGAACGAAGCAAUGGCCGUACUGUUUAACCCCUUAUAUUUCACUUUCUUACUCUUCGCCUUGACGGCUGCAUACCUUAUCAUCCAACUCGGGCUUACGGGUCCACUCAUUCAAAUUUCUCGAACUCUUGGUGGCGAGAUUCAACGACAGGCAACCACACGCCUUCGCGAACACUUCUCAGAACCGGUCCUCGCCCAACCGGUACGAGCUCAAUCUCCCGAGGAAGAGGAUCGUGCUCGUCGAGCACAGCCUCAGUAAACACCAAAAAGCCUCUUGAGAGCAUUAUUACCCACUUUCGCAUUCGUGUUGCCUUAUGUCGUGUCUUAUAUUUAUUUCA